AUGAGAUCCCCCCCCCGACACCCGUCCGAUUCCCCUCUCUCCUCCCUCGCGCCCCGGGCACCGCGCCACCCCCACCGGAAAGACAUCCCGCUACGCACCUACAUCCGCGGCAUCCAGCGGCCCGCCGACAUAAAACUCACACACUUCGAAGCCCUCGGGCUACACAUCAUCCCCAACGCGCCCCUUACCUCCCUCCUGCCCGACCCCUCCUUCCUCCCCCCCUCCUCCUGGUCCACCCCGCUCCCCACCUCCUCCGACACCGACGCCGACGACCUCGACGACACCCCCCCCAUCCCACCUCCCCCGCUCAACAACGGCCGCCCCGCCCCCGGCCGCGCCACCUACAACGAGCGCAUGAAAGAACUCUCCACCCCCAACUCCGCAGCCUUCCGCACCGUGCGCCGCCUCCCCUCCACCCCCCCGGCCCGCCUCGGCAACGCCUACGAGUUCUUCAAGAACCUCGAGCUCAUCUCCGGAUUCUGGGUCGACACUUCCCUCUCCGGGCCCGAACCGCUCGCCGACCCCGAACCCGCGCACCAACGCAUCCACAUCCGUUCCGGCACCGGCUCCCAAACCCCUCCCGACUUCCGCGCCGCCCUGCUCGCCACGUUCGUCAAACUCGUCGCCUACGAUUUCAGCUGCAAUGUCUCCCUCCCCCGCGUCGAACCACGUCUCCACAUCGGUCCCUCCGUCUCACCCCCCCCAAACUCGACAUUCCCCAACUCCUCCCCGCCAUCCUCGUUUCCUACAAACAUCUCCUUCAUCUACCGCACCCCAUCCGACUGCCUCUCCGCCCGCGGCGGCAUCAUCGAGGGACCCCUCGCCGCUCUGUCCGCGCGCCACGCUACAUCCUUCGACAAACCCCUCGAUGAGCUCCUCGAUCUCGCCCGCGAAACUGCUGCGCUCUUCGUAGCAGCUCAGCAGCGCAACCGCGAAGGCAGGGAGGAAAUAAAACACGACCCCGCCGACCCGGCGAAAUGGUGGUGUUUCAAACCGCGCUGGGGCGGCGGACCAGGCGGCCCAAUCGGGAAGGAAGAGGGUAUGGCUGUUGCUCUAACUCCCGCCGCUACCCCUACAACCGCUGCCAAACCCGCACUAGACCUCCCUACCCCCUCCUCUACAGGCCCCCGCCCUCCCCCAAAACGCCGCCCAACCCGCAAAACAGCCUCCCUGUACGACGCAUACCGCCAGCUCCGCCCCCCCUCCACGACCUGGGACCGGAAGGCGCGAUAUCAGUGUAUCGGCCGGCAGCCCGGCGCGGAGUGGGAUGAUGUCUUCUUGGUGAGCUGUUUGAAUCACCAUGUUGCUAUUUCGCGGUUGCGGGUUGGGAGGGGGGUGUUGGUGGGGCUGGAGGGCCUUGACGGGGUCGAGGGGGGGGAUGGGGUUGGGCCAGGGUGUAAAGGGGGGGAUGGGGAGGGGGGGGAGUGA